UCAUUCAUUUCUGGUAAAGUCAGUCAUGAGCGGCGGGGUGAUAAAAUUAACAAACGAACGGAAGCAGGACGGAUAUGGAAACGAGGGUUUUGGUUUUCAACCCAACCUCUCUCACACGGCGAAAUGAUUUGGCUUCUUCCUACGAAUCUCUCUCUUCCAAUGGCUUUCGAGAUCAAGGUCGUCUUCAAUUGCAUCUGGGUUCGUGUUGAGUGAUUGUUUUGUUUGUUUGGACCAAAGAUGAAAGAUUCCAACACUGAUUUGUUCGACCCUAGAGCGGCGAUUGGCUCCGAUUAUGUGCUCGGUGCUUCCACUUCGUCUCGGGAUUCUGAUUUUGGAUUCGCUUUUGACGACAGUAACUUCUCCGAUCGCAUACUGAGGAUUGAGAUCGUCGGCGUGUCCGAUGAAACGGAGCCGGAUUUUGGUGGGUGCAGCAGUGUCGUCGAUUGGGCUCGCCGAAAGAGGAGGAAAGAAGAAAAGAAAACGGAAAAUGCUCUGGAUCUCAGUAAAUGCCCAGAGCAGCAAGUUGUAACCUGUGAAGAGCCCGAUAUGGUAGAUAUCUUGUCCGAAAAUCCAGAUGAGGGACCUGUGGCAAUGGUUGAAGAAUCACUAUCAGGUGAUGAAGCUGCAAGUUGCAAUGAUUUAAAUUUGGAUUCUUCUAGUGUGGUGAGGGUGAAGACUUUGCAUAUUAGCUCUCCUAUUUUGGCGGCCAAAAGCCCAUUCUUCUAUAAGCUGUUCUCAAAUGGCAUGAAAGAAUCAGAUGAACGACGUGUGACCUUACGGAUCAAUGCCUCUGAGGAAGCUGCUCUCAUGGAGUUGUUGAACUUUAUGUACAGCAAUAGCCUGUCUGUUACCACCGCUCCUGCGUUAUUGGAUGUGCUAAUGGCUGCUGAUAAAUAUGAGGUUUCUUCAUGCAUGAGGUAUUGCAGUAGACAAUUGCGAACUUUGAGUAUGACACCGGAGUCUGCACUGCUCUUUUUGGAGCUUCCUUCCAGUGUUCUAAUGGCUGAAGCCGUUCAAUCACUGACUGAUACAGCAAAACAGUACCUUGCGGCUCGUUAUAAAGACAUAACUAAGUUCCAAGAAGAGAUAUUGCUGUUUCCCCUUUCUGGAAUAGAGGCAAUAUUAUCCAGUAAUGAUCUUCAAGUAGCAUCAGAGGAUGCAGUAUUUGACUUUGUUUUAAAGUGGGCAAGGUCGCACUAUUCUUCGUUAGAGGAACGACGAGAAGUCCUUGGUACUCGUCUUGCUAAAUUCAUUCGCUUCCCCUACAUGUCCUGCCGGAAGCUGAAGAAGGUAUUGACAUGUAAUGACUUUGAUCAUGAGGCUGCUUCGAAACUUGUGCUCGAGGCACUGUUUUUCAAGGCAGAUGUUCCUCACAGGCAGAGAGCCUUGAUUAGCGAUGAGUCUACUUCCUCGAACCGUCGCUUUGUCGAGAGGACGUACAAGUAUAGGCCAGUUAAGAUCAUUGAACUGGAGCUCCCUCGACAACAGUGUGUGGUAUACCUGGACUUGAAACGAGAAGAAUGUACAAGUUUAUUCCCAUCUGGACGAAUAUACUCUCAAGCAUUUCACUUGGGAGGGCAAGGAUUCUUCUUGUCUGCUCAUUGCAACAUGGACCAGCAGAGUUCAUUCCAUUGCUUUGGAUUGUUUCUGGGGAUGCAGGAGAAAGGGUCUGUGUCUUUUGCUGUGGAUUACGAAUUUUCAGCAAGAUCGAAGCCGAGCGAAGAGUUUCUGAGUAAAUACAAGGGGAACUACACGUUUACAGGUGGGAAAGCAGUUGGGUACAGAAACUUGUUUGGUAUACCAUGGACUUCGUUCACGGCUGAAGAUAGUAUUUACUUCAUAAAUGGGAUCCUUCAUCUAAGGGCAGAGCUGACGAUCAAGCCAUAGCUUUUCUUUUUUGUGUUGCUUCCCAUAAUUUCUAUGUCAAAGCUCAAAAGAUUGAAGGACUUCUUUUCAUGCUGACACUCUCUGUGUAGUAAUAGUAGUAGUCAGUCCUUUUAGCUAUUUUCUCAAUGGCAGGAAAAGAAGACAUUGUAGUUGAAUAGGUUCCAAUUGUUAUGCUCAAUUCUAACUUCUUUCUUAGCUCUUCCUUUUUCA